AUGGACAUUUAUGCUGAAGUGCAAUCACCUGAUCCCGCUGAGCUAAUAAAUUCGCCGUUUGGAGGACGGUAUUGUGGUCCUAUACCACCACGUAGGAGAAUCUCUUUAUAUCGGGCUAUAGCGUUAUCUUUUUACACUGCUAAGAAUCAGACUACGCCAGAUGUUUUUGAUGGACGUUAUCAAUUUAUUAAUGAAUCAGCUGAAUACGAAGUCGGACAGCCAGUUGUUGGUUCGCCAUGUUCCUAUGUAGUCAACUUUGCACACAAACGUACAGGUUUUCUCGUCUCACCAACCUAUCCAGGUGCCUACCCAAAAGAUAUGUCAUGCACAUAUCAGUUCAUUGGAAAGCCGGGACAAAGGGUUCGAAUCGAAUUCCGUGAUUUUGAUCUCUUUUUCGGUGGACCACACUGUCCACUAGAUUUUGUUCGUGUUCAUGAUGGCAGCGAUAAUACAUCAGCAGUUAUUGGAACAUACUGUGGUCAACAGAGAAAUUUAGUGCUUUAUUCGAGUGAAUCAAAUCUAUUUGUACAAUUUUCCACACUACAACGUACAGCAAAUACUCAAAAUCGUGGCUUUAAAGGAAUUUUUGAAUUUAGUGAAAGCUUCGUUAAAUUGGAUUUCAUUCGUGAGAAUGAUGGGGUUCAUAUUCGUGGCUCUGAAUGUGAUCAGAAAAUUUUAUCGAAGAAAGAAUCAACGGGCUUUGUUUACUCGCCAAAUUAUCCAUUUCCUUAUGUACCGAAAGUAGUUUGCAGAUAUUUCAUAUACGGCAUGCAGGAUGCACAAAAUCUUGAACGGGUGAAAUUAGAAUUUUCAAUAUUUGAUAUACCAAAAGGUGAACAUAAACCAAAAAGCGACUCAAAUUGUACGGAUGGCUAUUUGAAAAUAUAUUUGAAAGGACAAGAGACUAUGGAUGCCUAUGAUAAAUAUGAUCAUGAAUUGUGCGGUACAGAUAAACCGCAUCCGGUAGUGAGUGAUGGUCCACGUUUAGUUAUGGUUUUCAGUUCUGGUGAAUUGCAGGGACGAGGAUUUAAGGGUAAAUAUUCAUUCGAAACAGAAUAUAAAGUCCCUGGAACCGCAGCACCUGAUGGUACGUGCAGUUUUACUUAUCGUAGUACAUCGAAGAAAAAAGGCGAAUUUAAUUCACCACGUUAUCCUUCCAAUUAUCCAUCCGACACAAAUUGUUCAUUUGUCUUUCUUGCAACUCCGAAUGAACAAGUCACAAUCAUAUUCGAUCAUUUUAAAGUGAAGGCAGACAAUGCAAAUACCACAGGUGGAGCUUAUGGAACAUCUGUGUGCUUUGAAGAUUGGCUCGAGAUGUAUGUGCUCUAUCGUGAUGGAACGGAUCGAUUUCUUGGUCGCUAUUGUGGAUAUACUGCCCCCGGCCCCGUUGAAAGCCCACGCGGAGCCGUUGGUAUACGUGUUGUUCUGCAUACAGACCAGGAGAAUGUUGCAAGUGGCUUCAAGGCACGCUACAUAUUUGAGGUAGCAAAAUCAGUAUUUGGCGAUUGCGGCGGAAAUUUUACGGGUGUAGAUUCAGGCAUUAUAACAUCGCCGGGAUAUCCAUUAAAUUAUGAGGGUCCUGGCAAAGGAUUAGCAUCAAAAGCAUGCAAUUGGUAUGUCACAGCUCGUUCAGGUUAUAAAAUAUUUCUCAAUUUUGAGCUGUUCGGUGUCGAGGGCGAUCCAGCAAGUCGUGGCUGUGCAGCAGCUGCAUUACGAUUAUGGCUAUUGCCCGACUCAGAUCUUCCACCAAUCGAAAUGUGUGGCGAGAAAGCACUCAAUGAACAUUGGCAAUAUUUAACACAGGGACAAUCUGCUAGAAUAAGUUUUACUAGCGCUGAUAAAGCAAUCGGUGCACAGGGCUUCCGUAUUGUAUGGACUGAAGUGCAAGAAGGAACUGGACCGCCGUCAUCUCUUUCACUAUUAUGCGAAUCAACGUAUCACUAUCAAUGUCUCGUUUCUGGCUAUUGUAUAUCAGAUCGUCUACGAUGCGAUGGUACAAAAAAUUGUGGACCGGAGGACAAUAGCGAUGAAAUGCACUGCACCGUCGAGAUGCCAAAGGAAGAUCACGGAGUGCUGAUUAUUUCAGCGGCAGCCGUCGUAUCGUUCCUAACCUGUCUCCUAUGCAUCCUCUGUCAACGAAAAAGAAAACGUCGACACCAUAGGCAAUUGCAUCGUAAUGCGCAUUAUGAUUCAACAACUAGUGCUACUGGCUUAAAUUCAAGUAGAAGAAAUUUACAAAGCAGCUUAUCGGGAAGUGUUCAUGGAAUAAGUUCAGGUUCAUUGAGAAUUCCACCAGCUCCAGCACCACCAACCUCACUUCCGCCUCCUCCACCUCACGUUUGCAUUAGCGGUGGUAUUAUAGAUGACAUGAAUGAUCCAAACGACGAAUUAGAUGAUGAUGAGGACGAUGAUGAGAACAUGAUGGACAAUGAUGAAUGUCAAAUUCAUUUGAAAGACGAUAUGAAUGUUAUGGAUGCAGAUCUAACGAAUGAUCCGUUUAUGAGUUUAAAUGCAAACAAUAUUAUGAGUAAUACCAAUAGUAAUAGCGUAAACCAUUACAUGAAUAUCAGUAGCACUAUAAAUCCCAACGCCAAUACAUCCGUUAAUGACUAUUAUCAAAAUGUUAUGCAAUUGCAAAAUGGUGAAAGCGUAUAA